GUGGUUAUUCAACGGUAAUAUUUAAGGAGUUAUACUAAAAUGAAUGAAGCUCAGCGAAAUGUUGGCCCAUCCAUCAGUCCUAUUGAGAACAAGACAGUCACCAAAGGGGAACCAAUACUUCUCCUGUGUAACGCCACAGGCGAUCCUGCUCCCAACGUUUCCUGGUCAAAGGCUAGUGGUACCAUUAAUCCCUCGUAUGUAUCUGGUAAAGAGUUAUGGAUUCUAAGUGCUAAGCUCAGCGAUGCUGGGAAGUACAUCUGCACCGCCAAGAAUGACGUAUCCAUGACUACUGUUGAAGCUUUUGUAACAGUCAUGUUGCGACCCCAUUCCCCCGUACCACUCAGUACACAGAUAACCCACCUGACAAUCAAUGUCUACUGGAAGAAGCCAAAGAGCCAUGGAUACCCUGUGCUCAUGUAUUCUGUUCACAGAGUUGAACUGGACCAAGCCGGACAAGAAGUGACGUCACGUACGUAUCACGUGAACGAAGACGUACAUCACUACGAGGCUGGCGACAUUGAAAGCGGGAAAACUUACAAGUUCUACGUGACUGCGUGGAAUACUCACGGAGAAAGCGUGAAGGACCACCGUAAGAGUGUGACAGUAAAAGUACAGAAACCAUGAUGCUUUGCGGUAGACUGUAAUCACGUGACCCCAGCCGACUAAAAGGAACGUAUACUCAACGACAAAGAUUUUUAAGUGAAAAAUUAUAUUGUUCUUUUGUGACUUAAUUUUAUAGAAUGUUUUGGAUAAGGAUAUAAAAGACGCGCGAUAGCUUUUUCUGUUUCGACUUGCUUCAAGGAAAGCCAAUGUACCCGGCUUGUCAAUGCUUCAGUCAAUUCUAGAUUCUAAUCUUUAUUUAGAACCGUAAGUCUAUAGGAUCAACGCAUUAUAUUGAUUGAAUAAAUAUUAGAUAAAACAUAUAGAGUACAAACACUAGAACUAUUUAGUUCUAAAUACUACUAUACUGAUAGAAAUAGAAAACUAUCGAUCUUUUGUAGACUAUUUUGUACUACUUCGUGCAAAAUAAGUUUAGUUUAGUUAGGAAUAAAUAUGACGCUCUAAGUAAACGGCUAAUAUUGUAGUUGCUUGUAGAAAUUCAUUAAUCACAAAACGUGAUCAAAUGUCAAUUCGUAUUCUUAUAUUUUGUUAUGAUAUUUUUGAAUAAAGCAUUGGAAAAUUUCA